UUCUACAUCCCUGAUGCGCACCCACGCCAAAAUUUCUUGCCGCGAAUAGCGUAAAUUUAUAGAACUAUGUCCACAUAAUAUAUGACAUGUAGAGAACUUGUUUUUGUGCGUAAAGAAAUUGACAAUGGUCCCUUUAUUUAUUUUAAAAGUGGAACGUUAAUGUGGAUCGGAGAAAGUCAUUCGAUUUUUUUCUAAAGAAAUGGCGGGCAUUGUACCAAUUCCCGGCCGAUCCGGCAGAAAACAGUGGACAUUACACGAUGGACCAAGAGGAUCAUUGCGAAGAUUGCGAUCACAACUUGCUGAAGAUGGUUGCCCUGAAUCACAAGUUGUUUUGGCUAAACAAUUAUUGGAGGAGCAGUGUGAACUUGACGUUGACAAGGAAGAGAAUGCGAAAUUGGGAGUUUAUUGGUUGACAAAAGCUUCUGAACAGGGAAACUUGGAAGCAACCGAGAUUCUUAAAAAAUGUCUAGCCAGUGGACGAGGCAUCACCGAACACAAUUAUUACGACGUGAAAAACUGUCUAGACAUGUCACAAGAUGAAAAACUUGCAAGACGCGCGGCAAGAGAAAUGUUCAACAGUUUAGCAAACGGAGAAGAUUUUAUAACAACCGAGCAACUUGAGCGAAAAAUGAGGGAAUUAACGUUUCCUUCAACGAGCAAGGAAAAGAGUAACAAUACGAGGUCAUGUAAUCAUUCCCAAAAAACUUUGAAAGACAACGUGGGCGAUACUUUUCCUGAAGAUGGACUCACGGAAAAUUCAAAUUGUUUCAAAGAUGGAACUGAACGAUUCGGUGAACCGCUUUCAGACUGGCGAAUGCAUCAAGGGGAGAAAAUCACCGAAUCGGUUUUAGUAUCAGCAGCAGCAAAUUACGCUCGAGGACUUUUGCCGAUAGUUUCAAGCGCUCUUUGCCUCGUGGAUUCGACGCAAAUGGAACUCAAUACAAUUCCGCUUUUACAAAGACCGUUCAUCUAUCCCCUGGCGUCCUUAAAGCGCCUCUAUUUCUGGCUGAUAGAAGUCCUGGGCAAGCGGACAAUGCCCUUCAGGAGAGUGUUUUUCACCACGCAUAUCCACACACUUUCUCUGCUUGUUCUCUACUCAAUGUUUGGCACCGAGAGUCUACUGCUUUUCAUCCCCCUCGUCCUCUAUUACCUCUCAUUCAUCGGCAUGGUGGUUUCGACGUUCCAAAUGCUCCAACGCAAACGCGAAUUGACAGAUUUUCGCCUAUGGUCCGGACUCUUUCUCAGCUACUCUGGCGGCAAUCUGAACCCGGAGGAGGCAGAGUAUCAAUUCUGUCGGAACAACCUGAAACCCCACGGUCACUUUUUCCUGUCCCUCCUUUUAAACCUCAUGAUUUAUCCGAUAAUUGCUCAGCAGUGGACCCCGCAGUCUGAGUUCACCAUCAUUGCCGUGGUCCUGACUUUAGUCACUCUUUUGAAUUUCACGUGGAAAGACUCAUCGAAGAUACCGGACAUUCUGUCACUUUUCAGCUUCUGUGUUCAUGUUUUGGCAAAGUAUCCUUACGAAACUGACAUAGUGGUUGCUCAAACUUGGAGAUUCCUCGACAUUCGAGUGCCGACUUUUGCCUCAUACGUUGUUGGGAAUGGAAUCGAAUUUUGCUUGAAUUUCCGAGCUGUGUUUUACCUUCUGAUUCCAGCAGUGUUUGCGAAAAUGGCGGCGAGAGAGGGGUGGAGGGGAACGUACAAGACUUUGAUUCCACACUGCGUGACUCUGAGCUGGUGGCAAAUCGCGAUUCUCUCCUCUCAAGGCGCAACCUGGUACGGACUAAUUCGAGGCACUCUCGCUCUGGUUGGCAUGGUUCUCUUCUUGCCAAUCGCUGGGUUAGCCUCGAUUGUCCUGCCCAUUCUGGCCACUGCGAAGUAUCUUUCCGAAAGCGACGUGGUGAUGAAGAUUAUUUUGACUGUUCUGCUCGGAGGUUUGCCCUUUCUGGCGUCUUUGUAUCUCAGAAAGUUCAGGGUCGCCAAGUACAACUGGAUAAUCACAUGUAUUCAGCUCAGUGUUGGGUUUAUCGCCGGCGUAUUUCUUUCAUGGCCCAUGAUAAUCGGCUAUAAGCAGGAAGUGAGUUCGAGUCAAUACGAAAUAACGCCAACUCUCUCUUGGGAGCAAUAUCAAAAUCAUUGUCACCAACCGGCAUGGGAGGAAACAUCCUCGAAGGCUCAAGUCCAAGUGCAAUGUGCCCAUUUAGAAGGAAUGUCCAUAUCCUGGGAAGGAUAUGUGACCAACGUUAGACUGAAAUCAAUAAAAAAUAAUGUCGCGCUUGUUGUUAAUAAAUUACCGCAUUUUCUUAAAGUUCCAAUCAGCUGUCUACUGGGUAAACCGUACGAAGACAAAGAUUGUGAGAAUGGAAAUGAUAUUCGAAAACGUCAUUGUCAGACGUUUCUUGAAAUUCAAAGAAGAAGAAAUAAAUGUCACUUGACCGACUGGGAUUGGUAUGAGUUUGAAAUAUUCGUGAAAAUGAAAAGCGGAAUGUGGGUGAGUAACUCGGAAGUCAUAUUACUUGGAGAUGAAUCAUUCAAAAAUUUUAGCUUAAAUAUUUACCCGGGAGAUAAGAUUUGGUUUUCGGGAGUACUCGUAAAUAAUGGAUUGAAAAAAGAAUCCUUGUUAGGCGGUUCGAAGCCACAUAUUCAUUUAGAGGAGGCUGGAUGUCUUGCAUGUCAUACAAUUGACUUGAAAGCAGCCAAGCAAUAUAGGUACGAGUUCAAUUUCAAUUCGAUUCUAAAGGAUGUCUUCUUAGGACUGAAGACUAUUCUGAAUUUCUUGUUUAAUCCCAUAGUCAUAUUUAAGUAAUUGUUUCAAUGGAAAAUCAAGUUUUUCAACUUUUCGACAAAAUAUGUGAAUAAAUAUUAAUGUUCAGGCAUCACAGUUGGUCCCCUUAUUUCAAUUUUAUCACCUUUUUCAUUUUUCUCACCUUUUUUUGACGAUUUGUCACCUUUUUCCCCUUUUUUGGUGAUUCGUCCCCUUUUUCAUCUUUUUCUAAUAAAAAAUAAACCAGUUUUUUUUUUUUUUUUUUUGAAAUCUUUAUUAAAGUGUAACUCAAUGUUAUAGAAUUCAGUGCUUUUUAUUUUUGAUUUAGAUUAUUAACACCACAGCAUAAUAUAAAUAUGUUUUUUUAUGUUAAUGAUUUAAAUAAUAUAGAUAACGUAAAGAAUUUUAUAAAUUAUUAGGUGGUUUAUUCAACAGAAUGCAGACCUCUGGAAAAAUAAUUAAUUAACAUUCAAAUAAUUAAAAUACUAUUAUUUAUAGUUUUUUUCUAGAAAAACAUAAAUUCUAAC